AUGUAUAAAGAUGAGGUGUUGCACACGAGUUGGAAAUCAUCGCAUCAUCAGCAUUCGAUCCCACCAUCACUUUCAUUCCAUCGGUCUCGCAGGUUGAAGAUCAUUCAUUUCUUUCUUCAAUUCAACACUCCAAGCCGUCCUUUCCUCAAACCAUUCAACAUGCAUCCUUCUACCAUUGCAGCCAUUCUGGCAUUCACUGCUGGCAUGACUGUGAAUGCCGUGCCUGUUGUUCGCCCGGAAGGCACUCCUGAGCCUCCAGCUGAUAGGCUCCGAACAACCGUUGGGCAUACUCAAGCUCGGCCUCAGCUGAGCGAACUUGCCGAAGACGAAUUUACUAUCCCUUCAAUUGGGAAGAGAGACCAUCCGAUCAGGCCUUUGCCUGCCUGUAAUGAUAGUUCCGAACCAUCCAUUGGAAUACUCUGCAUGAGCUCAGACCUUGAGGAACUGAUCAAUCGCCCCUCCAACGGCAUUGGCCGUCCCAGUGUUCUCGGCCCACAAGUUACCAAAAGAGACCCUCAGCGUUUUGCUGAUGUGGAUGAUGGCCGCGUCGAUCUCGGCAUCCUGGUCCCUCCAACUCUCGAAGAAUUGCUAGAGAGGAAGAAACAAGCCGGUUUUAGUAAGGAGAAGAGGCAAUCAGGACGUCCAAUCCGCCUUGUUGAGCCUUCAGGCGAAAGUACAGUGACCCCCGAGGAGCUCGAACAAAUAGUGAACAAUUACAAACAAUUCCGCAAAGAAUUCGGCGGCGUUGGCGCAAAGGAAAAGCGCAAAGCUCAGGUCAUCGAUGCCGGCUUUGGAUUCGAUGCCGGAGUCACUAUUGAUCCUUCUGCGCUUACUGGUAGACUCAAGCAGUUGAUUCCUGGUCAGAAGGAGAAGAGAGACAAUGGAAGAUUCAUAAAUAAGGAGCCUGGCCGCCUUGGGUGGGAUCCCAUUCCCACCAUUGGUGACGAGGUCCUUCGGGGGGCCCAGAAUCAGAAGAGAGACCUUUCACGAGUCGUCGACAAUGUAGUCGGCCGCAUUGCGCCUGUCGUUCCUGGCGGCGUCAAGCAAUUCAUCCCUGGUCACAAGGAGAAGCGUGAUCCUCAGGUUAUCGACGCUGGGUUUGGUUUUGACGCUGGAGUUACCAUCGACCCUUCUACUAUCGCCGAUAAAGUCAAGCAGUUCAUCCCCGGCCAGAAGGAGAGGCGCGAUCCUCAAGUCAUCGACGCUGGCUUCGGAUUCGACGCCGGUAUCACCAUCGAUCCCUCCACCAUCACCGAUAAACUCACGCAAUUCAUCCCCGGCCAAAAGGAAAAGCGCGACGACAUGGGCGCUGACUUUGGCUUCGGCGCCACCCCCGAUUCCCUUGUUCUACCCGUGCGGAGGCCAAGUCAGAAAGUCACGCGCGACGCCCAGAUCGACGCUGGCGUUGGCUUCAACGCUGGUAUCACUAUCGAUCCUAUUGCGCUGCCUGGUCACAUCAAGAAACUCCUUCCGAUCCAGAGGACUAAGCGCGAUCCUCAGGGCCGCGGAAAGGGACAUGUUUUUGGUAAAAUCGCAGAGGGAGUCGCGGGGGGUAUUGGCGCUAUUGCUGAUGGGCUUACUAUUCACCAGGCGCUUCAGGGCAAGCCGGCUUAG